CCGGAAGUAGUGCCUGUUGGGUGACCACGUGUUCGUGCAGCAUGAGCAGCCUGGAUCCCUGCUGUUAGAGGAGCAGUAGAUCUAUCAGCAGAUGUCUGAGGAGAUGGUGGAGGUCCCAGUGAAGGCAGCCGAGCCGCUCCGGGCCGCCGGCAGCCUGCAGCAGAACCGCCUCUUCCUGGACUUCUUCUGGGACCUGGCGAAACCCGAGCAGGAGGUCCGACUGAAGGCGGUGGAGAACCUGAUCCAGUACCUGAAGACCCAAAACAAGGAAGAUGAGCUGGAAUACACCUUUAAAAGACUCGUGGAUGGACUCGGUCACACACGGGAGACGGCCAGACCCGGAUUCAGCCUCGCUCUGGGGCAGGUCCUGAGUGCCUUUGAGGACGUCUCCCUGCAGAGCGUCCUGGACAGAAUCAAAGAAAAGCACAGCCUCCAGGCCGUGAAAAAGAAACUUGCCAGAAAUGCGAUGUUUGGAAACUUGUUUGGCGUCCUCGCCCUUCAUCAGUCCGGACGCCUCUCCAAGGAGCCACAGGUGGUUUUAGGAUGCGUGAAGCUCCUACAGAAUCUCAGUCAACACAAGCAGCAUCUGAAGGACCUUCCCAACAAGACCAUGACGGACAUCCUCAGUGAGAUCCCAGAGGAGGUGUUUGAGGAGGUCCUGCUCAACGCUCUGCAGACUGACCUGGCAUCAGCCUUCAGGACUCCAGAGCAGCUUCAGCUGCUGCUGGUGGCUCUGCAGCGCUUCCCUCAAACCCUCAAACCCAAGAAACUGAAGAACCUGCUGGGCUCGUCCACCAUCAUCAACGCCGACAACAUCCCCAGGUUGACAGAGGUGCUGAAGAUGGCGGCUCAGUCGGUGAAGAAGGAGCGCGUCCUCCCAGCGGUGGUCCUGGACCUCCUCAAGCUCUCUCUGAAGGAAGACAGCUUCCAGCUCUUCUGGAAUAAAGCCAUAGUGGACGGCAUGUUGAAGGAGCAGCAGGGCCCGACGCAUUUCCUGAGCUUCCGUCUGCUGGGCGCUGCUCUGCCGCUGCUGUCUUUGUCUCAGCUGAAGGAGGUUUUGUCUGGAGAGGUGAUGAUGCUCUACGGAGAACAUGUGGUCACCGCUCAGAAACCCGACCGCUUCAAGCUGGCUCCAGAGAUGGACGACUACGUGUCGAGCUUCCUGCAGGGCUGCCGGGACUCGGACAGACAGCUGGCGGUGAUGCUGGGCUUCUCCUCGCUGACCAACCAGGGCUACCCGGUGGUGCCGUCGGUGUGGAGGGUGGUGCAGCACCUGCAGCCCGCGGCGCUGCUCGGCUACGUGGACUGGCUGAAGAACGCGUUCCUGCAGCCUCAGAUGGACCGGCUGCUGGACUUCAGCACCCGCAAGCAGAAGAGCAACCAGGAGGGGAAGGAGCAGGAGAACUCUGUGUUCCGCCUGAGGAAGUGGAUCGUUGCUCGGCUGUCCUCCAUCAUCGACAACCACCAGGUGAAGAAGCAGGAGGAGCUCAUCAUGGACGUGGCCCGGUUUGUCUUCUUCCACGCUUUCUUCAGCACCAGAAAGGCUUCAGCUGACAUCGCAGAGACGAAGGAGAAGCUUUCUGUCCCUCUGGAUGAAAGAACCAGAGGAGUGCUCGUCAAUUCUUUCUUUGGACUCCUCAUGUCGAUGCACCACCUGCCGCUGUCUGACGACUCGGCUGAAGCUGCAGCUGUGAACCAGAAGCGAGUGCUGGGUGUCACGGCUGACGGCAACAUGUGGAUCUACCACCUGGUCCAGUACGCCGACGUCCUGCUGAACCAGCCCAAACACGUCCAGAGCAGCCGUCCCUUCAGCCCCGAGCAGAGACAGGCCUGGGACAGCAUGUUGGAAUCUGUGGCAAACCUGAAGAAGAAAGCAAAGAAAGGCCCGUCAGCAGAGAGCAGUGCUUUCCAGCAGCUCUUCCUGUUGGUGGGAAUGCACCUGUUCAAGGCCCCUGAAGAACUGCUGGACAUCAUGAAGGACCUGCAGAGUUGUAUGGACAAAGCUCAGGAGAAGAAGGCCAAGAAGAAGAAGAAGAAGAAACAAGCCAGCGAGCAGCAGCAGCAGCAGGAGGAGGAGGAGGAGCCGGAGUGGGUGGAGGUGAUGGUGGACAUCCUGUUGUCUCUGCUGUCACAACAGAGUCGACACAUCAGGCAGGUCUGCAAAACCGUCUUCUCCUCCAUCUGCCCCCACGUCACUGCGGCCGCCCUCACCACCAUCCUGGACGUUUUGGACCCAGACAGGGACGACGAGGAGGACGGCGCUGUGGUCGUCACUGAUGACACGAAUAAACCACAGAAGAAGAAGUCAAAGGACGGAGAUGAGAACGAGGAGAUGGAGGACGACGAGUCCGACGAAUCUGAUGAAGACUCUGAUGAGGAAGCGGAAGAUGAAGCCAUGGAGGAGGAGGAGAAGGACGACGACGAAGAGGAGGAGAUGGAAAGCGAAGAGGUGGAUCAGAACUUCCGCCUGGAGCUGAUGAAGGUUCUCCAGCAGCAGAACGCUCUGGCCACCGAGGAGGACGGCAGCAGCGACGAGGACAUGGACGACGACGCCAUGAUGGAGCUGGACAAGAGUCUGUCGGCGCUGUUCUCAGAGCAGAAGAAGAAGACUCAGGCCAAGAAGGACGAGAAGGCCAAGCUGCAGAAGGAGAGGACGCUGGUCCGGGAGUUUAAGAUCAAGGUGCUGGACCUGGUGGAGGUGUUCGUGGCUCGGCAGGCCGGCAGCCCUCUGGUGCUCGGUCUGGUGGAGCCUCUGCUGACCAUCAUCGACCGAGGGAUGAGCUCCAACAGCGAGCAGCAGGAGCAGGACUUCCUCCGUAGAGCUGCGGAUAUCUUCAGGAACCAGCUGUGCAGGUCUAAAGUUUACUGCAGGACCGCCGGCGACAGACAGGGGGAGCUCCACGACCUGCUGGACAAGCUGGUGACUAAAGCCCAGAAGCUGUCCGACUCCUCCGUCUGCCUCUACUACUUCAGUGCGUCUCUUUACGUGGUCAAAGUUCUACGAGGAGCUCCUCCUGCUGAGACCAAAGACGAUCCGACAGCAGGAAGAGCUGCAGCGACCGACAUUGAGUUCAUGGGGAAUGUGGACGUGGAUCGAGUCUCUGCCGUCUUCAGAGACGCUCUGAGCUCCUUCAUGAGUCGGAGGAAGAGUCCGCUGACCGCCCAGAUGUUCACCGACUUGUUCUCCAGAUUCCCUGUUUUGUGUGUGAAACUGUUGGACACAGCGGUGCAGAACAUCACAUCUGGAGUCAGAGAUCAUCAGCAGGGUCAGGCGUGUGUGCUGGUGCUGCGGGCGAUGCAGAGCAGGGAGGUCCAGCAGCUGCUUCACGGAGCUCCGUGGACGAAACUCUGUGGGAGCGUCACGGAUCAGCUGGCGGCGAGUCUCCAGAACGUCGGCCAGGCUGAGAGCAAAGUGGUGAAGGAGAAGGUGGUGAAAGUCCUGGAGCUCUGUCAGUUCGUGGUGAAACAGGUUCGCCAUCAGAAGCUGUCUGUGGACCUGGAUCCCCUCCAGAACGUCCUGCAGCCGCUGACCAGCAGCAUCGCCUUCAAGAAGACCGGCAAGCUGGAGGACACCUACUGGGCCGUGAUGAAACACUUUGGAGUCACGAAACCCAAAGUUGAAAAGACGAAACCUGACGGAGACGCAGACCAACAGGAAGCUCCAAAGAAGAAGAAAGGUUUUCUGCCCGAAACGAAGAAACGUAAGAAGCGUAAUAAACCCGUCCUGGAGCCGGCGGGAGACAAGUCGGCCUCCACAAACAAACCGGGGGCAGACAAAGGACAAGCCAAAAAGAAACCUGACAAGAAAGCUAAACAGAAGCGACCGGCCGACGGAGCGACGGCUUCACAGGAGAACCCGUCCAAGAAGAGCAAAACACAGUCUGAGAACCAACCAGCCAAGAAGAAGAAGAAGAAACCCAAACAGAAGAAAGAGUGAAGUUAUUUAAAUGGACACAGAAAGGCUUUUUCUAAUUCCCUUUUAAAGCAACUGUUUUAGUCUUUUGUCUGCCGUUUCAGUUCUGAUAAUGUUUUGAUGCGUUUCUUUAUUGAAAACCUCUGAUGUGUGGGAGGUGAAUUAAGACUGAUUAUUUUUCUAAUGUGUGACUGCUGUUGAUUAGAAAAGUGUCUCCAAGCAGAAAUGUGUUUCUCUUCCUGGAAAUCCAUCAGCUCUGACAAUAAACAAAUGAAAAAAUGCUGCUUGUGAACUCUUAAAAACCCACUAAAAGCUCUACAGACAACAGAACUGUUCCUGAUGCUCUGAAGCAGGGAUGUCACACUCAUCUUAGUUCAGGACCACAUUCAGCCCAAUCAGGUCUAAAGUGGACCAGACCAGUGAAGUUUGCAUCACAACUUCCCGAUCAGAGCAUCUACAAAGAAACACAACUUUUAGUCACAGCUAUCUGGAACUGAAUGAUGGUAUUUUACUUUAUGGUCAAAAUGACAAAAAACAACAAAAACAAGACAAAUUUCCAAAAAUGAGGCAUAAAAAUGACAAAAAAGAGACAAAUGUCAGAAAAAUAAACAAAAAUAAACAAAAACUUUGAUAAAGAAAUUACAAAGCGACAAAAAAAUGGACAAAAACGAGACAAAAAAUGAAAAACGUAUUUUUACAGUCGACAGUGUAAAAGAAUGAAAUAUAAUUUAUAAAACUACCGAUUUCUGCUGCCUUUUUAAAAAAAAAACAGUUUUGGUCCUUUUUGUUUGUUUUUAAGAUAAACGUGUAGACUAAUCCCCUUUUCCCUUCCUGUGAUUUUACUGGAUAUUAUCUAACAAAAGAGGGAAAAUCUGUUCAAAAACAAAAAUUUGCAUUUUAAAACCCUAAUUAUAACUCAUCUUUUUUUCAAAUAAAAAUCUAAAAUAAUAUUUAAUAAUAUUGUAUACAGAUUCAAAUACAGUAAAACACAGUGCAAAAAAAAUAAAUAUAAUUUAUAAAAAUACAGAUUUUGGAGGUGGACAUGUAAUCUUUUUUUUUUACUGGCUAUUAUCUAUAAUUUACCAAAACAGGAAAAAAAAUCUUUGAAAUAACAGUAAAUAUUUUUGAAAUGUGUUUGUUUUGUCCAUUCUGAACUCCUGUGGACAUGAAGUUCUCUUUCUAAAUUAACAAGACACAUUUUUCGAUGAUUAUACACUAAAGUAAAUUAAAUGAAAGCAUAACUUCUGCUAAUCGAUCCAAUUAAAUCAUAUGAACUGGACCUUUCAUGUACUUUUUGAAUAUAAAUCUAAUAUUUUCUGGUUUAAACUCUCCUUUUGCUCUACAGAUGCUUCAUAUUCGAGGUUUCUUCUGUUAAAUUCUCCACUGUUUUCAGCUCUUGAAAUCUUUCUGUCUGCAGUUUGGUGCAGAGCAGGUCGUGUUCAGUGAUUUUUUUUUUUUAGGUGUAAAUGACAUUAUGAAGGCGGUGAGAACGAACCGAGACAGUGAAGUUAUCGAUCCGGCAGAUAAUGAGUUGAAACUCGUUCAGCUAAUAAAUCUCUGCAGGUUCUGAACCCUUUUACAUUGUCAUUAAAUACGUUGUUGUAAAAAGUAUUGAUUAUAGACAUAAAGGAUGAGCAUUAAAGCAUUCCAUGUUAUUUCUUAUGGAAAUAAA